UCACGAAACUGCCCCUCAGUCAAAACAGGCCCUCUCCAUCCUGUCCGAAUCUGAACGAAUUCGCUCUUCUUCUCCGAUCAAUCUCCCUAACUUUUUUUUUCCCUUGAGACACUCAUCGAGUAGGUUCAUUGUUCUGUUCGCUCAAUUCUCAGAUUUUGAAAGUAAAUGAAUUUGAAGGCUACGAUCCUAUUACUAGGGCUCGUGUGGAGCUUCCAGGCAGCGUUAGGUAUCAGAUUCGUGAUAGACAGAGAAGAAUGCUUCUCCCACAAGGCUGAAUACGAAGGCGACACGCUUCACGUCUCUUUCGUCGUUAUCAAGUCUGAUUCUCAAUGGCAUUUUAACGAGGAUGGUGUAGAUCUUGUGAUACAUGGCCCAACAGGGGAACAAAUUCAUGACUUCAGGGAACAGAUCAGUGCCAAGCACGACUUUGUUGUCCAGAAGAAAGGAGUUUACCGUUUCUGUUUCACAAACAAGUCUCCUUAUCAUGAAACCAUUGACUUCGAUGUCCAGCUUGGUCACUUUGCUUACUACGACCAGCACGCAAAGGACGAGCAUUUCACUCCCUUGAUGGAGCAAAUAUCAAAGUUAGAGGAGGCUCUUUACAACAUCCAGUUUGAACAGCAUUGGUUAGAGGCUCAGACCGAUCGUCAAGCCAUUGUGAAUGAGAACAUGAGCAAAAGAGCAGUACACAAAGCUUUGUUCGAGUCGUUUGCAUUGAUUGGUGCAAGUGUCCUCCAAGUCUAUCUCCUGCGUCGCUUGUUUGAACGCAAACUCGGCAUGUCUCGUGUCUAAAAGCUUUUGUCUUUAGCUCUUAAGAACUUAUUCUGCCUCAUAAGUUUAAAAUGUACCAGAGUAUCUUUUUUACUUGACUCCUUUUACAGACACAAUCGAAAGAUGUGUUGUUUUUCUUCCCCAUAUGUUAAAGAAACAAUCAGUUUUUUUUUCUUUA